CUUGGACCGGUGAACACCCUGAUGGGGAUGGGAUGGGGAUGGGAUGGGAUUGUCUACAGUUUGUAUGAGAUACUGCAGCUGGGUUCAGGGAGAAUUGCUGCUCGUGUGGCAGAUUGGUCCCUCAAGUCUACGUUACAUUCCACAGUACGACGUCGGGAGCAGUAACCGCCGCGGACCUUCGCUCGCACAUCCUUAGCCAUGCCCAAAUUUCAACUCGAAUACGAGCAAGAGACGCCCAAGUUCCUUCGCAUCCUGAAGGGGGAGCAACAAGCUGAAGUCCAACAGAAGCACAUUAAGCCACCACAGCUGGAUUCCGAUGACGAGCAAGAUGAUGACGCACCACAAGUCGUUAUGCUCAAAGGCAAGAAAGCACGGUACCUGGACGAAGACGAGAGUCAACGUGCUCUGAAGGGAGAAAAAGUUGCAAAGCCCUUAAAAAAUGCCGAGACUGAGGAUAAGGCCUUGACCUCCUCAGCUGUCCCCGCGCCGAGCUUCACCAAGCGGGCCAAGGAUGCUGCCCUUACGAGGAAGGGCCUCGUCGUUUCUUCUGGAGCGGAGAAGAGGAAGCGGCCAGACACAAACAUUGGGUUGGCAGGAGAAAAGCAGGAGAAUGGCGCGCCCAAGGAGGAAACGGAGAGGGCGCCCGUGAAGGCAGCGAAGAAAGCGAAGGGCAAGGCCGGGAAGGUCACCCUUUCAUUCGAUGAUGAAGAGUGAGAGAGUGAGAAAGGAACGAAAUCGACGCGCAAAACACAGUGCUGCUUUCGUUGAGGGUACAGCUGUGCUCGGGACGUACAGCAUAUUGCUGUUGAAGGCUAAUCAUGACGCCUGCCGUCCUUGCUCCACGCGGGCGAGGAAGGCAGAUGCACUUCACGCCUUGAGGUGUAGCAGUCUCAGAGCCUCUGUGACUGCUGGAUGAUUUACGUCUGCCGGCACAUGUCUGAGACUGCUACAGUGGGUGAUCCGGAGAUCCAUGGACAGUCCAGCGAAUGGAGCACGCAAAGACAAGGGUGGAGGACUUAAAUUAUAAAUACAGAAAAGGCAAGAGUA